AUGGCGGACGUCGUGACGCCGCGUGUGCGUCUCGUGGUGAUCGGCGCUACGGGCGUGGGCGCAGCUCAGGCAGCAACCGACAGCGCGACUUUCGAUCCCUACUGCCAGGCGCAAUGCGGUGACGUGGUACUACGAACCGCGGCCAAGGUCAAGACGACGUCGCCGCAGUGGAUGCAGCACUUUACAUUUGGUGUCAAGAAGCCGCUGGGAGCUGCUGUGAACUUGACGGUCUUUGGGAUGAGUGAGCGCGGGAGGGACGUGCUGCUGGGCAGUGCCGCGCUUGAGAUCGCGACGCUGACGCCAGAGACGGAGACGACGCACAAACUGACGCUAGUGGACGCUACAGGAGCGAGGUGUGGGGAGCUGGUGGUUGAAGCGACGUACGAGCCAAAGUACAUGACGCCACGUCAGACCGACACUGCUGCAGCGUCUACGGAGUCAGCUAAGAAGCUACCGGCUCCAGUGUCUCCAAAGAGCAGUGUCGGGCUGGCGAAACCUGCAGCAGCUGAGAAGGAGGAGGCUGCAGUGGAGAGGAGUGAUGGUCGCUGUGUAUCGGCUACUGAGGCUGAUGAAGUGGUAGCUCAACAGCCGGCUCGGCCUCCAAAUUUCUAUGUCGUGACGAUUCUGGAGGCGACGGGACUGCUUGCUUGUGAUGGCACAGGCGCUGAGGCUACCAGUGAUCCGUACGUGCUUGUGGCGUGCACGAAGAACGUGUCGCAGCAGACGAGAACGCAACAGCAGACGCUUCAUCCGUCGUGGCGACAGCGUUUUUACUUCUCGAUAACUCCAGAAAAGAAGCAGUUUUUGGAACUUACAGUGAAAGACAGUGAUCUGCUGACGAGCAGCUUCAUGGGGCGCUGCGUGGUCGAUCUGGGCGAGCUCACGAAGCGCUCUGUAGGGGCGAAACAAACGUUCUGGCUAGCGUUGGAGCAACAGUCUGAUGCAAAGAGCACCGACGUUGGCAGUGACUUGAGUCUAAAGCGCAAACUGAACAGCGGACGAGGUAAAAUCUGUCUUGCAAUUGAAGCGAAACAUCUUGACCAAGAUAUCAGCAGCUUCGAGCAAGGAGAGAUCGACAACGUCAGUGAGGUUCCCGAUGACAGUGAGCUGCGUGGUUCGGGAAGUACAACGAAUGGUGCAUUAGACAAUGAUGAAGACAGCUGUGCAAAUCAUGUCCAGGACACAGACGAUAAGACAGAGGGUGGUGAGGAUGACGACGAAAUUAAGGCUAAGCAAGCAGAGGUUGAAUCGAAGCGAAAGCAACAAGAAGAAGGACGUCAAAAGAUGCUCGCUGAGCUUUCAAAAGUGCAGUUCCAAUCAGGCGAUUAUCAGAUUCGGGUGCGGGUGAUUGAAGUACGUGACCUUCAGCCGAUGGACGCCAAUGGAUUGUGCGACCCCGUGGUUUCAGUCGAGUGCCUUGGCCAGCGAAAGCAUACGAUGGUGAAGCAGAAACAGCUCUCGUGCGUGUUUGAUGAGUACCUGUAUUUCGACUUCAGAAAUCUCGACAAAGAAACGAUUCAACAAGGAAGCAUUCAGAUAUCGGUGUUUGAUGCUGACGGUCCAGGCUCGUCCGCUAAUCGGCCGGCGGUUGCUCGAGCGUUUGAUGAUCUUGUGGGUUUCUUCUCAGUUGACAUCCCAUACGUAUACUUCCAGCCUGAUCAUGAACUUAAGCGAAAGUGGGUGGCUCUAGUUGGUAGUGGGACAACCAACAGUGACUCCAUCCAGGGCUACGUUUUACUUUCUCUUGUUGUGCUAGGACCCGGGGACAAAAUGAAGCUAUAUGAUGCUGCAGAAGACAGAGACCCGGAUGAACGUUCGGUAAAGACAAAGGCAGACAUCAGUUCCAUGGUCCUCGUUCCUCCACGCGUGACUCAAACGUUGAGUUUCCUAGUGAUUACCAUUUAUCGAGCUGAAGAACUGCCUGACAUGGACUACAGCAUGAUGAUGCAUGGAGGAAUUGAUGGGUACAUUCGAGCGUAUUUCGCUGGCCAAGACGUACUGGAGACGAAGAAAGUGACGGUGAAGGGAAGCGAAAAUCUACAACUGACAUACAAUCAAGAGCUGUGGUUCCCCGUACUCUUGCCGACCAUGAGCGAUAACAUCUUCCUGUCUGUAUGGGAUUGGGAUAUGACCGCAACGGACCAACUUCUUGCCAACGUUUUACCACCUUUCUCUUUUAAACAGGUACAGCGAUAUCCCGAUCUAUUCAAGAAUGUGUGGGCCAACUUGUACGGACCUCCUGUAGGGUACGACGCCAACUCGGUCUCCUCUCAAUCUAUGCUGAACCACCCUGGAGACGCCAGUAUGUAUCGUGGACGUAUUUUGCUAUCGCUGCGAACGGAGAAUGGGUUGCAUUCGGUAAACGAUGAUGCCCACGUGAGGACUGUACUAAACACGGAUGUUCGGCCAAUUAUGAAGCGAUACACUUUGCGUGCCGCGCUAUUUUACGGAACGGAGAUUCCUGUUUUUACGAGCAAUACUAACUGGAACCGAAAUGCCCGGAUGUCGCUGAAGAUUUCAGUGGGUCGUCAUAGUGUCGAAAGCUCGCGGGUCCACAAUUUGUCCGGUAUUUGUCACUUCAACCAGUAUCUUGACAUCGUUGACGUGGAACUUCCUGCAAGCUUAGACCAGAUACCUGACGUGUUUGUACAUCUCGUACGCCAGACGAUGAGCGAGUCGCGAUGUAUCUGCUUUGCUCGAUUCAAAGCCCAAGACCUAUUUGGUCAAGGUUCUGAUGCACUAACGACUAUCGCACCACCCCAAUGGGUUGUGCUCAACGAAGACAAGGUGCUAAAUGAGCUCAAGGAUCACGACUUUAACGGUAACAUUCUGAUGAAUCUGCGCCUUGAAGACGCUAUUGAGAUUAGGCGCAAUGAGGAGGAAGUUGCGCAGCGUUGGCGACAGUAUGCGAGUACGACGGUGCAGUACAUGAAAUAUGUGCUCUUUGUCCAUGUUUUUCAAGGAAAAUGCUUGCCAGCUACCGACGUCGAUGGUUUGUUGGACCCGUACGUGAAGGUAGUCUGUGUCGGAUCUGAAGGCCGAGUUAGUACACGAAUGUCAACGCGAGACCCUUGCUUCUAUGAGACGGCCGUGCUGGAUAUCGAGCUACCUAAGGAUGAGAAGUUUUUGCCCAAAGUAUCACUCCAGAUUUAUGACUGGGAUCGCUAUGAUGCAAAUGACUAUGUCGGAGGUCUGAAGUUGAGUUUAGGAGAAUUUCCGCAGAUGUCUUCAUCCGACUAUUCUAAGACCCGUUUCAGCGGCGAGUAUUCGGCUCCUCGUCCGAAGUGGUUUCCCAUAAGCUACGAAAAACCUGGUGAUACUCAAGGAGAGCUGCUCUUGUCGUUCGAUCUCAUCAAAAAAGACACGCCUGGAACUGUUGUGGAACCGCCUAAAUCCAUCCGUCCACCUGCAGAAGACGCUUUCGUGGAGAUUAUGAGCCUAGGGUGUCGCGGCUUGCAGCCCACAGGGUUCACGCCCAUUAAUACGCCUUUCGCGAAGUUUGAAGUUGGCGAAAUUACCAAAACGAACCAGCCUAAGUUCACCAAUCCAUCUUCCAAGCCGAGUAGUCGAAACCCGAACUUCUUGCAACGAGUUGUUAUUCCAGUAAAAAUGCCGAUUGAUGCGCUUUUUGCGCCACGGCUCAAUAUAACGGUGUACGAUCAACUCUUUGGCGGAUUCUACAAGCCAGUUAUUGGUGUUUGCUCCGUGGACCUAAGCAAAAAGAUGCCGUCUUCGAACGGACAGCCGAAUCCAUUGUACAUUGACGAGGGUAGCAAAAGCGCUCGUAGAAAAAAUCCGUACGUCGAUUACGGCGACGAUCUGUCAACAUUCCCAGGCACAGUCACCUCCGAAGCACCGUGUACACAGUCGUCAGGUAUACCAGCAGAAGUAUUGACGUCAGGUGAACCACGCAAGCAGGGGACAGCGGCCGAGGUGAUCCCGCCCAGUAGUUUUGCCGUGUUUGACGAUGACGAAGAUGAGCUUCCGCACUACAUGCAUCAGCGUGAUGUCGUCAAUGGUGAACUGGAAGACACGCUGGACUCUCCAUUCGAGACUUUCGCACUUUUUCGAGGUUCUAUGGCAACACACCGCGGAUUCGAUUCAAGCUAUCGGUCCUCGAUGAAUUACCGUUCAGUUGGUAAGUUUAAAGGUACCGUACGUAUUCUAAAGACGUGCGAUGAACCCCCUCUGUUCGACUUGGAUCAAUUUUUGAAUCCGCGGCCGUAUCUCAUUCGCGUGUACGUCUUGGACGCGCUGAACUUAAUUCCAAAGGACGUGAAUAACAGGUGUGACCCAUACCUGAGGGUGAGUCUUGGAGACGGGCGGCGUCAUGAGCAGGUUUUUAGUGACCGCAGUAACCAUCAAUCGGAGACACUGACGCCGAAAUUCCACAAGAUGUACGAGUUCAAAACCGAUUUACCAGGCGCGUCCGAAUUGAAAUUGGAAGUACUGGACUACGACUUCUUUGCAAUACCAGCGUUUCCGACUGGUCUGAGCAAAGCACUGGGCACCGCUGUUGAAAGUACAGUCUACGGCGAUGAUUUUGUGGGCGCAACCCUCAUCGAUCUGGAAGACCGAUGGUUUGAUGAGAAGUGGCAGAAUCUUGGUGGUCGGGUUGAUUGUUCUGAGCGUCGUAAGCCGUUGGAGGUUCGUUCUCUAUUUGCACCAUCUAGCACACUUCCGCAAGGCAGCCUUCGUCUGUGGGUGGACAUACUAAGUGGAGCUGAGAUGAAAGUUGCGAAGCCGCUGGACAUCUCGCUGCCACCUUCACAGAUGUUCGAAGUGCGUGUGGUGAUUUACAAAGCAAAGAAUGUGACAGCAGGGGAUUUCACAGAUCUGAGCGACCUGUUUGUGAAAUGCUGGCUCCAAAAUCGUGACGACAAGUCACAAAUUACAGACACACAUUGGCGAGCGAAGCACGGACGCGCGUCAUUCAACUGGCGCAUGAAGUUCGACAUUGAGCUACCGCUGGACCCAGAACGCGAAGCAGAUCGGGGUUGUCUUCACUUUCAGAUGUGGGAUCGCGACGUUGUCUACGAUGAUUGCCUUGCUGAUUCUGUGGUGGACCUUACGCCGUUCCUCAAAACGGCAUUCAAGACGAGGCAACCUGUAAAUGUGUUUGCCAAACCGAAGCCAGUUCGCUUCCGCGGAAGCGACAUGAUGCCGUAUGAGAAACCCUCUCGGGGCUCAGGAUACGCUGCUACAGAAGACGCCACUUCCGCUCCUCGCUUGCGAGCUGCUCGUUCAGACGAAGUCGUCCUCUCUAUUUCUGAUGGUGACGAAAGGAACACGGACAACGAGCCGUUACUUUCUGAAAACCAUGCCUCUGACGAUGACAAUGAAACUGACGAGGAGGACGACGCCAGCAUGGAAAAUGCCAAGUCGCUUGUCAAAUCGUUUUUGCAUCGAUUGGGCAUGGGAGAUGAUCCAGAAGAUGCCAGUUGGCUUACCAUAACAACUCGUGACUCCCGUACGGGUGACCGGCUGCGCGCGGGUGAGCUGCUGGUAUCGUUGGAGAUCUUGCCGAAGCAUCUCGCGGUGGUACGGUCCGCCGGAUUGGGGCGUAGUGAGCCUAACAACUUUCCGUUUUUACCAGAGCCUGUGGAUCGCCUACACCUCUCCGCAAUGUGGAAUCCCUGCUAUGUGUUAGAGGCAUUGAUGGGGCCGAAGUACUACCGUGCCUUCGCCUCGUUUUUGCUCGGCUCUGUUUUCGUCAUGCUCAUAUUGUUCGCCGGGCCACUCAUCAACGUACUUUUGAUCCUGUUCGAGCUGGUGCCUCAGCCAUUUGGAAUCAUUCUUUUCUUCUUGGUGCUGUCACUGUUAAUGACCAUUCUCGUCUAUUUGGUUUCCCGCUGCCGCCGAGCGCUCGUCAGGGUUUCGUAUGAGAACGAUUCCAGUGCGCCGACGAGAGUAACGAGCAAGAAGUGUAAGACUCGCCGCGUUCUGCACUGA